GAAAUGCGUCUCAUAGUACACCAACUAAAGAAUUAGAUCAAAAGGAGCUAGUUAGGGUUACGUUACAAAGGGAUCGAUAUAAAAAAGACUGUGAGAAUAAGGAUAAACAGAUUCUAGAGUACCAUGAAGCUCUGGCGGAAAAGAAAACAGAAUCAAUGUAUCAAUCUUCAGUAAUCAAGGAGCUAGAGAAGCAAUUGGCAGCUUAUGCUGGUGGUGGUGAUAAUAAUAGUCCAUCAGAUCAAGGUACUAAAGUCAGAGAGCUUGAGGAUCAAAUUGCUAAAGUAGAAGAUGGCAAAAGGCUACUAGUGAAAGCCCAAGAAACACUUCAAAAUGAUUUGAGGGUAGCUGAAGUCCAAUUAAAAGAUAGAGAUAAAACUAUUCAAAAUUUAACAGGGGACCUUGAAUAUUGCAAAGCACUAAACAAAGAAUCAGAAAAAUUGAAAGAUACACUAAAGCACCUUGAAGAAGAAAUGGCUAGCACAAAGAAAACAGUUGAAGAAUUAAGUGUUGAACUGAGUAAUAAAAUGGUAGAAAUUGAAGAUUUAAAUGACUUGUUGGAAGAAAAGAAGCAAGAGAUUGUGAGGUUAACAGAAGAAAAAACCUCAACAACUCAUUUGGCACCAGAAGAAAAGGAACAGACCAUAAAGCAAUUAAAGGGACAAGUUGACGAGCUUGUAAAAAAAACUAAAACACAAGAAGGACAAAUGAAAAAAUUAGUUGAGAAAAUACAAUUAAGGGAAGCAGAGUUGGCAAUUUAUAAACAAGACUUUGAAUCAGAAAGGAAUGAUAGAGAAAGAAUACAUGCUGAAUAUGAGGAACUGAAAACCAAAACUGAACAAGCAAGGAAACAAAAUAAAGUUAAUAAAGAAGCAGUGGCCAACCUAGGGGAGGUAAUAAAGGCUCAAGAUGAAGAGAUAAGAAUUCUGAAAACACAGCUUAAUACUUACAGUCGUAAAAAUGAUUGGAAUCAAGACGAAGAAAUUCAAAUACUUACUGCUCAAGUCAAUGCUUACUGUCGGGAGGUGGACAAACAAAAAGGUCUCUUAAUUCAGAGUCAAGAGAAACAUAAAACUGAGGUCAGUGAGUUGAAUCAGAAGCUUAAUGAAGAAAUAAAGUUUAAGCAAGAAUUGGCUAGUGAGCUAGCUAAGAUGAGACAACAGUUUGAUAAUUUAUCUAGGACGAAUCAACAACUGGAUAAUGAACUGACUAGGAUAAGACAACAGUUCACUAAUAUAUUGGCUAAUAAUAAACAAUUACUGACAGCAUAUCAUGAGGAGCGAGCAAUGGUUACUAGACUAGAGGAUCUAAAUGAAAAACUGAAGAAAGCUAAUCAAGUACUAAUGAAUAAAUUGAAAGGCCACGAUGCCUCCACUGCUUCUAGUCAAGCUCAUAUCUCAUCGCGUCAUAAUGAUGUACCAGGCGGUAAUUAUUAUCAGAUGUCAGCUCAAGCAAGCAGUGGUCCUGGUGCCAAGGGAGGUGAUGAAAUGGAGCACUCUAAUCGUGCCUAUUCUGAUCUUAUAAAUGAGAAGCCACAAUUUACAGCAGAAGAAAUGGCAGCACUCUUCAAGAAACCAGGACAACCAGAAUACUAUGAAAUGGAGUCAGACUAUGAUAAACAUGAGGCAGAAAAGGAAAAGAUUAAAAUUGACAAAGAAUUGGAAGAAAUAGAUCAGCUUAGGCAGAAGACUCCUUUCUUACAGGAAUUACCAAAGGCAGCUGACAAAGAUGAUGAUAAAGGCAGGCCUCUGGAUCCUAACCUGGUCUGCCCUAAGUGUCGUAAACAGUACCGUGAAGGUCAAAUUCAAAAACUAAGAAGACACAUUAAUGCUUCAUGUUCUAAUGAGGAUUCAGAUGAGUCUGAUGAAGAGACUGAUAAAGAUGAGGAGGAAAUACGGCUAAUGGCCAAACAGCGUCGCAAAGAAAUGCAAGGUCCAAGUACAGCUGAGGUUCUGUUUAAUGACGACGAUGAUAAUUCAUUACCUUAUGACCCGAAUCUUGUGUGCCCAAAGUGCGGAAAGCAAUAUCGUGUGGGGGAAAUACAGAAAUUAAGGAGACAUAUUAAUGAGUUCUGCACAGGAAUAAGAUGAAGAGUAAAUAGCUAGUUAGUAUAAUUAUUUUUGUAAUUUUAGAAUACUCAUUUUUGAACAUUCAUUUUUAGAAUGCAAUUAUUCUAAUUAGUUAAUUAUAAAUUUGAAUUAUUAGAUCUAUCAUUAAUUAUUCAUUGAAACUAAAAUAUCCGGAUAAUA